AUGAAGGGCCUGCAGGUCUUUAUAGCAGACAUCCGCAACUGCCAAACAAAAGAGCAAGAGCGGCAGAGGGUAGACAAGGAACUGUCGAAGAUCCGGCAGAAGUUUGCCACGCCAAAGACUUUGUCCGGCUAUGACCGCAAGAAGUACGUGUGGAAGCUGCUCUAUGCGUAUAUGCUGGGCUACGAAAUUGACGACACCGGCCACUUCCAGGCCGUGGAGCUCUGCUCGUCGCCCAAGUUCAGUGAGAAGACUGCAGGGUAUUUGGCAACGUCGCUGCUUCUAGCAGACAACAACGACAUGGUGCGGAUGAUCGUGAACAGCGUCAAGACCGACAUCUCCUCCGGCAAUGAACACAUGGCGGCCCUUGCGUUAAACACGGUGGCCAACAUCGGAGGACCCGAGUUUGCUGACAACCUGUUCACGGACAUCUCCAGGAUGAUCCUGGCGCAGUCCAAUGCGCUGUCCCCGUACAUCAAGCGGAAAGCCUGCAUCUGUCUCCUGCGGCUCUAUCGCAAGGAAAACGACGGCUUGCAGCCGGAGGUCUGGUCUGCCAAGCUCGCCGCGCUCUUCAACGAGCAGGACAUUGGCCUACUAACGUCAGCCAGUGGCUUCAUGCUGGGCAUCCUGGAAAUGGGGAAGUUCCCUGCCCCGGCAUGGUCGGGUGUGGUGGCACCCGUCUGCCAGAGCCUGGCCAACUUGGUGCAGGGCAUCUGCCCAGAGCACUACGAGUACUACCAUGUGCCAGCACCCUGGCUGCAGAGCAAGAUGCUCCGCAUCCUGCAAUUCUUCCCAGUCACCACCUUCGAUGCCGAGUUGCUGCACCGGCUGAACCUGAUUCUGCAGAGCAUCUUGGCGAAGCCUUCUUCGCAGCGCAGUCCGGCACCUCUUCCACCAGGUCCCGGCAAGAGGCGCACGAAGGUCGAUGCAGAGCGGCAGAAUCGCUCCAACGCUGAGCAUGCUGUCCUCUUCGAGGCUAUGAACCUGAUGAUCCACUUGGAGGACACAGCAGAUCCGGAGACAACGAAGACGGCGGCGGGUCUUCUUGGGAUCUUCCUCUCCUCCACGGAUCCCAACAUCCGGUAUCUGGGCUUGGAGACCAUGGCGCGGCUGGCGAGCAACCUGUCAACUCACGAGUAUUUGGACAGAUACAAGAACCAGAUCCUGGACAAGAUGCAUGAAACUGACAUCUCCAUCCGCCGACAGGCGUUGAACCUGCUCUACGCAUUGUGCAGGCCGGAGAACUGGCAGCAAAUCGUGGAUCAGCUCCUCGAAAUUCUUGGCUCCAGUGACAACUUGCUUCAAGAGGAGCUCGUCCUGAAAAUUGCCAUCUUGGCAGAGAAGAAUGCAAAGAACAUCGGGUGGUAUGUGGAUGUGGUCUUCAAAAUGUUGGAGAGCGCGCCAGAUGCGGUCUCCGAUGACGUGUGGUACCGGGUGGUGCAGGUGGUCACAGGCUUUGAGGACGGACCUUCUGAGGCGGAGCAGAAUGCUCUGAGGAGGCAUGCGGCCAGCAAGGCUUACCAGAACCUCUCCAGCCAGCGCGCAGCUCAUGACACGCUGCUACGCUUGGGGGCGUACCUCAUGGGAGAGUUCGGUCAUUUGUUGCCACAAAGUGUGACUCCUCGCGCGAAGUUCGAAGCCCUCCAUCGACACUUCCAAAGGGGUUCACCACAGACGAAGGCCAUCCUCCUCCUUGCCGCAGUGAAGAUCCUGAAUGCCAACCACGACGCCCUGAAGGGCGAGGUGGUAUGUUUCCUUCGAGAGAUUCAGGACAGUGCCGACGUGGAGCUGCAACAGCGAGCCGUGGAGCUCCUGCAGCUCUGCAAAGACGAGGACAACCUGGACCAGGUGUUGAGACCCAUGCCUCCGUACGCUGAAAGCGUGCAGAAGAAUAAUCCACUGGUUCAGCGACUGAAAUUCUCGGCAAAGAACCGAGCGCACACCCGUGCAGAGCUAGAGGAGGCGGCAAAAAGCGAAGGUGGAAUGUACAAGCCAGGGCGGGGAAAGGCCGAUUCAACGGACGGGGCCCAGAAGAUCAUGGAGCUUCCAGACCCAGGCCGGCCUAGCAAGCCAGCGGCAGCUUCACCACCCAAGGACGCAUCAGCGUCCGAGUCCUCAGACUCAGAGGAAGAUGCGGGCCCGGUGCAGAGUAACGGCACCGGUGCGGCGACCCCCAAGGACUUAUGGUCCCAGCUCUGCAUCACGCCGCAGGGCAGGUUCUACACGUCGCCGCAGCUAGUCAUGGAGUUGAAGCAAGAGUACAACGCCGCAACGGGUCGCUUGACAAUCGUCUUCAUCAACUCAGCCAAGGCUCCCAUUGGCAACAUCCGCGUGCACAUUCCUCAGGUGGACACGAUGCGAAUCCAGACCUUCAGCGAGGUGCCCUCUUCCCUGAAGCCCGGUGAGCAGGCCAGCCACUUGGUCCAGGUCCAGUGCCUGCGUCCCUUCCUGCAGCCAGCCAAGUACCUCGUGGAGUAUUGUACAGCUCCAGGUGCGCCGCCUCAGCAACUGCCGAUGCUGCUGCCUGCCGUCGUUACCAAGUUCAUCACGCCGGCGCAAGUGCAGAUGGCCCAAUUCCGGCAAUUCUUUGAUACCCUUACCGGGCCGCGGGAGUUGGUGCUGGAUGGCCAGGCCAAGGCUCAGCCAAAGGAAUGGCUGAACUACUUGGGGAAGGGCUUCAACAUGUUUGUCCUCCCAGAGAGUGGGCCGACAGCUGCUUUCGCGGCAGGCACAUUGAAUACUGCAACGCCUGACCCGGCGCAGCCAGAGAAGAUGAUGACGGUGCCUGUCCUUGUCCGGCUGCAGUACGACUCAGGGCGCAACUUUGUGCGGCUGAUCGUCCGGACACAGCACCCUGAGGUGACCAACGCGUUGGCAAAGAUCAUGCAGACCUACCUGAUGAGCGGAUGA